AGAUCAAUGUCCUCCUGAUACAUUUAAAUUUGUAUUUAAAUAUGUAAAUACAUUUUUAACAUAUUUUUUAAAUAUAUAUAUGAAAUUAACUUGAGUGCCAAACCUUCUCAGAAUUAAUAGGCUUCACAUAGAUCAUAUUUAUGUGUUAUGCUCACAAUGCUCACAGCUCUCAUAAGCCCCCCAAAUAACACAGUAGACGGCCAUUUUCAGCAAACAAGCACAGACAAGCUGUAACUGUACUACAUCUGCAUGGUGAAGAAAUUCAAGCCCCAAAAAUUUUUCUUCGGAGCUGGUGAAGACCAAACCAGAGCUAACAGACAACUGAAUAAAACAUAACUCCAUGUUGCUCUGUGUCUCCUGAAUGUAUAAGAAGAAAAUGAGGAGAAAGAUAAGAAGAUAGUAUCUCAGGAUGUGUUGCUGUGAGGCUUAAUAACUACCAGUCCGAAUAUUAGGUUUUUUUCUGGCAUAUUCUCACAUUCUCAGUAAUUGUAUUCAUAGUACACACUUCUGAAUGUUUCCUUUAUUUAUGUAUCUAUCUAUUUAUGUAUUGUAGUGUUGUGCUACAGAGAUCUAUUAAUCUAUACAUAAAGUAAACUGAGUUGUAUUGAUUGUUUGCAAAAAUGUCAAACAUUUUCUGAUUUCAGCUUCUCAAAUGUGAUAAUCUGCUGUUUUUUUCUGUGUUAUAUCAUUUACAUUUGGGUUUUGGAUAAUGACCUUUCAUUGGGCUCUGUAAAAUUGUAAAAAGCAUUUUUCACUCACAAGUUAUAUAUGUUAAACAAAUUAUCAGUUAAUCAAUAAACAAAUAACAAUCAAUAACCACCUGCUUUAGAACAAGUUCCCUGUGGAGUGACCUAUGACACAGACUUACAAAUCUAACUUUUGUGUCUGGCACCAAUGUAAUCGUCUGGAGAGUGGCCUAACAGUCAUCUGUGUUUCUGUUAGCCUCUCAUAAAUGUAACAGUGAAUUUCAGUGAUUCCUCGUUUUGCUGGUGGCUCGUUCUCAAGGAUCCAUCAGAGCCCACUUUAACAACUAGUGGCUUAUUGUGCACUUUGAAGGAUGGCGUUCAGUAUAGGUGGACAUGCUACACAUUGUCCUUCAAACCAGCCGGCAUAGUGUUUCAGGUUGUGCUAACGCCCUCUGGCUGCGUACAGGGGAGUUGCAGCCUCAAAGGGUUCCAGUCCACAGCUUUUCCUCCCUGAAGCUCGCCUUUCAUGUCACUAGUGUUACUUGUAUGUGCAGACGCAGCCAAUCUCUUCUUCAUGACGCCACCGAGGCUGGGCUCAGAGGGCUUCGAUCAUAAUAUUUAACACACCCACCCUGGAUGAACACUUGGAAGGAGGACAAGGCAGCGUAAAGGGGACAAAUGACAACCAGGAUCCCCGCACCUGCCAGCCAGUCUCUGAUUUGACUUAAGCGAGGCUUGCAGUCAACUCUUGUCAAGAAGCGGGACAGCAUCCGAGCGUCUCACCGGAUCACCUGUUAUUUUUUAUGGAAUUUUAACAUUCUUUUUUUUUAAUUAUCAAUUAAUCCUAAAUACUAGGACGACUGUGUUUUGUGGACUAUUUCAGUCUCUCCUGUUACUUCCCCAGAGGAAGACAGUUAUGACACAUCUGACAUCUCACUCCUUGCUGGCAGCAACAGGAAGCAGAUUUGAGGAAGAAUAUCGGUGCUUUUAACAGGACACCCCUCUCCUCCCCCCCGUUACCUCUUCUUAACGAUUUAUUUAGUGGUCCGUCCUCCUGACACUGUAUCCUAUUCAACAAGGCAAUGAAUGAAGAGCACUUCUUGAGCCGCUGCCAGUGAAGUAUCCAGUGCUCACAAUGUGUCGGUCGGUCCACCUGUCUGCGAAGAUUUGGGACAAUUGUAAAAAAUUAAAUAAUUAUAAAUACUGAGCACAUCAUGGAGUUCUUAAUAUAGGCUGACACGCAUUAUGUGUGCAAUGAUCACAGUAAAUCUUAAAGCCAACAUCGCUGCUUUGUCAUCGCAUAACACUGUUGGACAUCAAUGUCGGUGCCGUAAGGUGCGCUGCGCUUAAAGCUUACUCUGUGUCAAGAAAAAAAAAUGAUAAAGAUGAUAUUGUUUCGUAAAUUCAGAGUGUUGAUACUCAUGGUGUUUUUGGUAGCGUGCACCAUGCACAUCAUGAUAGACUUGUUACCGAAACUGGAGAAGCGAGCGGCCGGAGCGGAGAGCGGGGACGGCGGCUGUCAGUGCGCUCACCACCCGGGCGGGGAGUCGCAGGGCUGGGGGAAGCAGCGCGCCAGGUCGGCGGCUGAAGCGGGCUGGCCUAACAAGCACACGCUGAGAAUCCUGCAGGAUUUCAGCAACGAGCCGAGCUCCAACCUCACAUCGCAUUCCCUGGAAAAGAUCACAGCCGUCGCCGGGGACAGAGCGGAGUCCUUCGGGCGGAUGAGACCGUCGGCGGGGAAGGCAGAGGACCACAAGCCGCUCAUCGGAGACGCGAGCGGGACUCGGACUGUGCCUGCCCACGGUGUCUCCCGACUGGCUGCUCUGUUUGAGCAUCCUUUAUACAAGGUUGACCUUCCUCCCCUCGCGGACGAUGACACUUUGUUUAAUGUCAACACUGACAUCAGGUUUUAUCCCAGAGCAACAGGGAACCAAGGAUGGCACAAUGAGGAUGGGAACGAAGAGGAGGAGGAGUUCUCGCCAACGGGAGAGGUGACGGCAGAAUCUUAUCCCAACUGGUUACGUUUCCACAUCGGCAUCAACCGCUACGAGCUGUACUCCAGACACAGUCCUGUGCUGGACGCCUUGCUGAAGGACCUGGUCACACAGAGGGUCACCAGCGUGGCCAUGAAAUCAGGAGGCACCCAGCUGAAGUUGAUCAUGACUUUCCAGAACUAUGGACAAGCGCUGUUCAAGCCCAUGAAGCAGACCCGGGAGCAGGAGACCCCUCCAGACUUCUUCUACUUCUCCGACUUUGAGAGGCACAACGCUGAGAUUGCUGCUUUUCACUUGGACAGGAUACUUGACUUCCGGAGAGUGCCCCCGGUGGCAGGACGACUUGUCAACAUGACGAGGGAGAUCAGAGAUGUGACACGAGAUAAGAAGCUGUGGAGGACCUUCUUCAUCUCACCAGCCAAUAACGUCUGCUUCUAUGGCGAGUGCUCGUACUACUGCUCCACUGAGCACGCUCUGUGCGGUAAACCGGACCAGAUCGAAGGCUCACUAGCAGCCUUCCUGCCAGACCUGAACCUGGCCAAACGCAAGACCUGGAGAAACCCCUGGAGACGCUCCUACCACAAACGCAAGAAAGCAGAGUGGGAGGUGGACCCAGAUUACUGUGACGAGGUUAAGCAGACUCCUCCGUAUGACCGAGGCACUCGACUGCUGGACAUCAUGGAUAUGACCAUCUUUGAUUUCUUAAUGGGUAACAUGGAUCGACAUCAUUAUGAAACUUUUGAGAAGUUUGGAAAUGACACCUUCAUUAUUCACCUAGACAACGGAAGAGGGUUUGGAAAACACUCCCAUGAUGAGCUGUCCAUCCUGGUGCCUCUCAGCCAGUGCUGCAGGGUGAGGAAAUCCACUUACCUGCGUCUCCAGCUACUGGCCAAAGAGGAGUACCAGCUGAGCUUCCUGAUGGAGGAGUCUCUGCUCCGCGAUCGACUGUCCCCUGUCCUCAUUCAUCGUCACCUCCAGGCCAUGGACCGCAGGCUCCGGCUGGUGCUGCAGGUCCUGGCGGGCUGCAUAGAGAAAGAAGGUCACGUUAACGUAGUGGAGGAGGAUCUAGUUGGGGACAUGGCUACCCACAGGAGCCCAGGCCACAGGUAGUGAGGGCGAGACUCGAGUGACACAUGAAAAAUGGACCACGUCCGUGGCCGUUCGACCAAUGGGACUGCACCAAAAGUCCCACUUCUGAUAUCAAACUGAAUUCAGUGAAUUCCAAGAUUUGCCAUCAUUGCCUCUAUGGAACCUGGUUUUAAGUGUGUUUAUAUAGAAGAAAGUAUCCACAGAUACCAUGAAAGACUGUGCUCACACAGAGGCUUUGUAGUCAUUAGAUACGGAUGUAUUUUGGUUUUAUCAGAUGUUGUAUCAGACAUAAAGGAGCCACUGCUGUGUUCCGAUUUUGUCCUGUUUGUUUUGAAUAUUGAGGGUAUCAGUUUGUUUUAUGUGUUUUAUUGUAUUAGUACAUAACCAAAUGAGAACUUACACUGACUGGGCAGCAUAUGGUCAGACAAUAAGCUUUAUCAGUUAUCACCAUGUAUGAAAAGGUUGAGAAAGUGUGUGGAAGUUUAGAGAUUUUCUUUUUCUUUUUGUAAAACGUUCUUCAGUUUUCACCUUUCUGUGAUCAACCACAUCAGCAGAAAAAAAUUAAGUGAGGCCUGCCACAACAAACCUACAACCAGGAGAAUAAGAGUUUCCAAAUAGCGUGUAUUCUCUUUAGCAAUCUUUAUAAAUUUUUCGUCAUGGAACAGACUUACUGAAAAUGUUAUUACAUACUUCUGAACAGCAUAAAUCUGAGUGCAAGUAUACUUGAUGCUGUAGUUCAUACAGUACCUUCACUUUGCCUUAUCUCUUUUUUUUUUUUUUUCACUUUCCCAUCUCCCCUGCCAGUCAAGCUUGCACUACAGUACAUGCGGUACAACAGCACAACACUAAAAUAGUAUUUUCCAAAACCAAAAAUACUCUAAAUGCAAGGAGACCUGUGUGCUGGUUAGUUUUCAUUAAAUGCAUGUCAGUUCAUUCCAAUGCAAUCAUUCUUACAUGCAGACCUGAAACAUUUAGAGCUGUCUGCUGUAAUAUAAUUUUACAAUUUAUGCAAUGCAAAAUGUUACAGUUUGUAUGUUGUUUCAUUUUUAUGAUUUUUCAUGUCCAAAUGACUAUUGGUGCGUCACAGAUAAUGAAAGUGGUUUAAUAAAUUCUGGAUUGUGGUUUUGUUUCAUGUUGCUUUAUAAGUUGGGAAAUAUUUACCUUAGGUACCUUAUCAUUUGGAUACUAUUUACAUUCCUUUGAGUACUACUUUUAUGUUCAGAUGAUAGAAAAACAACAAAGCUAUUUGAUUUUGGACAUUAAGUUGUUGAAGUGGUGCCAUGCAAAAGAGUCCUGUGCACUGGCUGACCCGGUACCUGUGCAAUGACAGAAAUACAGUACUUGAAUGUUUUUUGGGUUGGCAGUAUGGACAGGAUUCACAGAGCUACAAACAGUGUAAAGCGGUGAAAAAGUGGCUGGACUCAAGUCUGAGAAGUACUUGGGGGUGAAAAAGCGGUUAAAACGCCUCAUCCCACUACAGGGAUAACCUCAGGCACUGUUCUUUGGUUUUCAUAUUCUCAGUGUAAAUACCUAUAAAUACUUAGAAGACCUAACAAGCUUCACCGCACAGUGAUUUGCUUCUGUUUUCUGCUAUUGCAUUGUUACUGUGAAGAUCUGUUUACUAAAUGAUUAAAGUGUGCAAUAAAAACAAAAGUGAGGACAAA